AGGAACUAUGUCUAUGGAAAAGUGGUUGUAGCUUAGACGAAAUAAUGAUUGCAGCUUCAUGUUUUGACCAUCAAAAUCAAUAAUUUCCUCUACUGAGAAAAACACUUGUUCCCUUCCAAACCCGACCUAGAAAGCAAUCAAGUUUCAUCAAACAGCCAUGAACGAGUUCAGUUCUGAAAGACCGAAACCUUGGAACAUAUACACCAGUUCAGACCCCAGCCCUUCUCAACCAGUUGUGGAUCGAGAAGCUCCAUGGAAGAAUUUUGGGACAUCCAUGAAUGCAAUUUCUUUUGGUUUUGUUGCCACAGCUAUCUUGAUAUCGAUGUUCCUUAUCAUGGCAAUUUUUGAACACCUAUUCAGGCCAAGUCCUUCUUUUUCUUCACCUGAGCAAAUAAUCCAAGCCUCUCAAGGUUCGAGAACAAUGGGAAAACUCGGAAAUCACCAAGCAGUCCCUAUAAGUUACGCACCAGAUUUCUCGGUACAGAUGCCUGGACAGCAAUAUCCUACGUACAUCGCACAGCCUGCACCGUUGCCAUGCAACAGAGAAGGCAUAUACUGGCCAUCCCAUGAACAUAAUUUUGUAUUCCCUUAGCCAUAAUAAUAUAACCAAUAAUAGCACCACCCACUCUAUGUAUAUGUAUGAACUGAUAAAUUCCCAAUCAGUUGUACUUUAUUUAUGUGUAUGUAUACUCAAAUUGAACCGAAUGUUUACAUUUGGAGACAUGUUAUCUAACAGAAAUCGCAUUUGUCAGAA